UUCGCACGAAUGGAGAAACUUCAACAGCUUCCUGAUACAACUUGAUAGCGCAAAAAAAUGAAAAUACGGGUAGCAAAAAGCCCUUCAGGACCUAGAACCCAAACCUCGAAUCUACAUCCGAUUUUUCAAGGUCCCCAGCCCCAGACCGCCGCGUGGGAAAAGUUUACUCGGCACUUUUGCAGGGACCGAAGUGUCUCACUCUCUGAGGUCGUCUAGCACUGAAAAUCCUAAGCAAGAAGGUGAGAAAAGAGCUCAGCAGAGUAGACCAGAGGCAUCGCGCCAACCAACUCCGAAAGCAGAAGAAGGAGGCGGUUCUGGCAGAGAAGAGACAGCUGGGCAGCAAGGAUGGUCCUCUUCAUCAGGUACUGGUGGUGCCCCUGCAUGAAAGGAUUUCCCUGCCAGAGGCCUUUCGGUUGCUUCAGGAUAAGGACACCGGAACAGUACACGUGAAUGAAUGGGGAAGCACCCAUAGCUUUAUGCUGUUAUGCCCCCGCUUGAAACAUCGGUGGUUUUUCACAUCUGCAAGGCCAGGGGAUCUGCACACUGUGUUAGACAUGGCCAAAGUCGCAGAUACCAUCGUUUUCCUCCUUGACCCACUAGAAGGCUGGGACAGCACUGGGGAUUACUGCCUUUCCUGCCUCUUUGCUCAGGGCCUUCCCACCUAUACACUAGCUGUCCAGGGUGUUUCUGGCCUCCCACCAAGGAAACAAAUAGAUGCCAGAAAGAAGCUAAGUAAAGCAGUAGAGAAGCGUUUUCCUGAUGACAAACUUCUCCUAUUAGACACUCAACAGGAGGCAGAGAUGCUGCUCAGGCAGUUGGCUAACCAAAAGCAACGGCAUCUUGCCUUUCGAGAUCGACGGGCCUACCUGUUUGCUCAUGCAGCUGACUUUGUGCCAAGUGAAGAAAAUAACUUGGUGGGCACCUUGAAAAUCUCAGGCUAUGUUCGUGGGCAGACUCUGAAUGUAAAUAGCUUGCUGCAUAUCAUCGGACAGGGUGAUUUCCAGAUGAAACAGAUAGAUGCCCCUAUGGACCCUUUCCCUUUAAAUCCCAGAGUGAUCAAAUCCCAAAAGGACCCAGGCAUGGCAAUGGAGAUUUGUGCUCCGGAUGCUGUAGCUGAUAUGGAGGAAGACCUUAAGGUCCUAAUGAAAGCAGACCCUGAUAAACAAGAAUCUUUGCAAACAGAGGUUAUCCCAGAUCCAAUGGAAGGGGAACAAACCUGGCCCACAGAGGAGGAGCUGAGUGAGGCUAAUGACUUCUUGAAGAAAAGUUCCAAGGUGGUAAAGAAGGUUCCCAAAGGGACAUCCAAUUACCAAGCUGAAUGGAUUUUGGAUGAGGAUGGUGAAAGUGGUGGGGAAGAUGAAUAUGAUGAUAUUGAACAUGAGGAUUUUAUUGAAGAGGAAUCUCAGGAUGAGGGCAGUGAAAAGGAAGAGGAGGAGGAAUAUGAAACUAUGACUAUGGGAGAGUCUGUGCAUGAUGAUCUGGAUGAUGAGAACGUGGAUGAUGAGGCUGAGGAAAAAAUGUUGGAGAAAUAUAAACAAGAAAGACUGCAAGAGAUGUUUCCAGAUGAAGUAGAUACCCCCCGUGAUGUGGCUGCAAGAAUUCGAUUUCAGAAAUACAGAGGCCUCAAGAGCUUCCGGACAUCUCCAUGGGAUCCUAAGGAAAACCUUCCUCAAGAUUAUGCUCGGAUCUUUCAGUUUCAGAACUUUACUAAUACUAGGAAACGCAUUUUUAAAGAAAUUGAGGAAAAAGAUGUUGAAGGAGCUGAGGUUGGCUGGUAUGUCACACUUCAUGUCUCUAAAGUCCCUGUCUCAGUGUAUGAGUACUUUAAACAAGGAGCACCCUUGAUUGCAUUUUCUUUACUACCUCAUGAACAGAAGAUGUCAGUACUGAAUAUGGUGGUGAGCCGGCACUCUGGCAACACUGAACCUGUGAAAGCCAAAGAGGAGCUGAUCUUCCACUGUGGGUUCAGGCGCUUCCGAGCCUCACCUUUAUUCUCUCAGCACACUGCAGCGGAUAAACAUAAGUUUCAGAGAUUCCUGACUGCUGAUGUGGCCUUGGUGGUGACAGUAUAUGGCCCAAUCACGUUUCCACCUGCAUCUGUGCUGCUUUUCAAACAGAAUAGCAAUGGAAUGCACAGCCUCAUUGCCACAGGCUCUCUCCUGUCAGUGGAUCCGGACAGAAUGGUCAUCAAAAGAGUUGUUUUGAGUGGUCAUCCUUUCAAAAUUCUUACUAAGAUGGCAGUAGUGCGUUACAUGUUCUUCAACAGAGAGGAUGUGUUGUGGUUUAAACCAGUGGAACUGAGAACAAAGUGGGGCCGCAGGGGACACAUCAAGGAGCCUUUGGGUACUCAUGGCCACAUGAAGUGCAGUUUUGAUGGGAAGCUAAAAUCUCAGGACACAGUACUGAUGAACCUCUAUAAACGAGUUUUCCCCAAAUGGACUUAUGAUCCAUGUGUACCAGAACCAGUACCAUGGAUGAAAAGUGAGAUUUCUUUAGCAGUGCCUGAAGUGGACAUGGAGUAAUGGAUUCAUUGGGAUUCUGUCUCAUUGUUACU